AUGAAUCCGGGUCAUAGGAAAUGUUCAACAUCUUCUACCUUCAGUCUUCGGGCGACGGUGUUCGACUGGGCGCUGCUGGGCGCCGUGGCGCUGGUGCUGCUGUGGGUGGCCGGCACGUGGAACUACGACUUCUUCGCGCGACGCGGCGUGGCGUACUCUCGGCCCCGGCUGCCGUUCGUCGGCAACACCAUCAGCGGCUUCCUGGGAAUAACAACUUUUCCUGACAUGCUCCAGGAGAUGCACGAUAUCUCAAAGGGCCAUGCAAUAUACGGAUGGUUCCAAAACCAGAACCCGUUUUACUUGGUCACUGAUCCAGAGCUACUAAAGCACAUUGCCGUCAAGGACUUCGACCACUUCACAGACCAUCGGGAAAUCGUGAAGGGGGAGCCUGACCCCAUCUUCAACAAGAAUCUCUUCCUUUUGAAAGGUAUUAAGUCAAAGCCGUUGGAGACAGACAUGAAGAAUCUUUUUAGUCGAGUGGCAAACGAUGUCAUUGGGACAGUAGCAUUUGGAAUCGGAUGUGAUUCCCUUAAGGAGCCUGAAAAUGAGUUCUACCAGCGAGGCAAAACUUUGUCAAGUUUUAGUGUAAAGCGCAUGGUUAUCUUCUUUUUUUACUUGAUUAUUCCCAAGAUUAUGAAGACUAUCCAAGAAAGGCAGAAGAAAGGCAUCUUUCGACCCGACAUGCUGCAGCUUCUGAUGCAAGCUCGAGAUGGACAACUCAAAGUGGAAGAGGAAGAUAAGCACGAAACUGAGAAAACAGGAGCGGCGAAGCAGGGGCAACGACUGGCUCUUAUGGAAGUCAAGUUAGCUCUCAUUCAUCUCUUCUAUAACUUUGACUUAACACCAUCUUCAAAGACGAAGCAUCCAAUGCAGUAUGAUCGAGGCUUCAAUACUUCCAUCAAGGGAGGAUUCUGGAACAACCUUGUACCCAGAGAAACAACAACAUAAUACUCAAGAAUUACGAAACGUCAGGACAGUGGCCUGCAUGUGAACAUUUUUUUAAUAAUACUAUACCAUGGUUUGAUCUUGUACAAUAAAAGCAAGUUCUAAGCCACUAAACAAUGGAGGGUUGUAUAUGAGGACAGUAAGUGUCUGAAAGAACAGCUGAAUGAAGUUAAUGCAAGCAAAUCAUAUUGUAUAGCAUAAUUUGAUUUAUUCAGCGCAAAUAUUUAAUAUUACAUUUGUAAAUAAGAGAAUAAAAUGUACAAUUAUGGAAAAAAUAUGAUUCAUUUGAUUGCUUGAUAGUAUUAUGGUUCAUUUGAAAAAUCAAAGUAAGCGUUUUUAGAGGUAGAUAAAAUAAUGAAAAAGGGGUCCCAAAACAUUGUGUUUCAGAAAAAGCCUUAAAUGAACUUAAUGAUUGUUUUGUUUGUCUAGUUUUUAGUAUUAUGACAGGUCAGCAGAAAGGAAAUUGAUAUUUAUUGAAGAGAAGAAACUAUAUGUAUUUGUUUAUAAUUUUUUUAUUUAAAAAUAUAGACAUUUUCAUUUCAAAAUUUAUA